CUUACAGGGGAUAUUCAGAUUCCAAGCCCUCCCACCAACGUCCAUGCUUCAGAAAUCAGCAAAACAUAUGUUGUGCUCAGCUGGGACCCACCUGUUCCCCGUGGCAGGGAGCCACUCACCUACUUCAUCGAGAAGUCCAUGGUUGGCAGUGGAAGCUGGCAGAGAGUCAAUGCACAGGUUGCAGUAAAAUCUCCUCGCUACGCAGUGUUUGACCUUGCAGAAGGAAAACCAUAUGUUUUCCGAGUGCUGUCAGCAAACAAACAUGGCAUCAGUGAUCCAUCUGAAAUCACAGAACCUAUCCAGCCACAGGAUACUGUCGUUGUCCCAUCUGCACCUGGUCAGGUGGUGGCCACAAGGAAUACAAAAACCUCAGUUGUUGUUCAGUGGGAUAAACCAAAGCAUGAAGAGGAUUUAUAUGGCUACUACAUUGACUACUCCGUGGUGGGAUCGAAUCACUGGGAACCUAGUAACCAUAAACCCAUCAAAUAUAACAGGUUUGUUGUCCAUGGCUUGGAAACUGGACAGCAGUAUGUCUUCCGUGUGAAAGCUGCAAAUGCUGUGGGACUCAGUGAAAACUCCCAGGAAUCUGAGGCUGUAAUAGUACAGGCAGCUCUUACUUGUCCAUCUUAUCCUCAUGGUAUCACACUUCUCAACUGUGAUGGCCAUUCCAUGACCCUUGGCUGGAAAGCACCAACAUACAGUGGAGGUUCUCCAAUCAUUGGGUAUUAUAUGGAUAAGAGGGAAGCUAACCAUCAAAACUGGCAUGAAGUCAACUCUUCCCUUAUCACCAGGACAAUUUAUACGGUGGAGGAUUUGACAGAAGAUUCCUUUUAUGAAUUCAAAGUUGCUGCUGCAAAUCUGGUUGGAAUAGGUCAACCUUCAGAUCCCAGUGAGCAUUUCAAGUGUAAAGCCUGGACCAUGCCAGAACCUGGUCCUGCCUAUGACCUCAUGGUGUGUGAAGUCAGGAAUACAUCGCUGGUUCUUCUGUGGAAAGCUCCUGUGUACGAAGGCCAGAGCCCCAUCACAGGGUAUCUAGUGGACUACAAGGAGGUUGACUCAGAAGAUUGGCUCACUGCUAAUGAAAAACCCACUGCCAAGAGGUAUUUUAAGGUCACUGAUUUACACGAGGGACACACCUAUGUGUUCAAAGUCCGUGCAGUGAACGACGCUGGGGCAGGAAAGUCAUCGGAGAGAUCUGAACCUGUGCUGGUGGAGGCACGGCCAGGAACAAAAGAAAUCUACUCAGGUGUGGAUGAUGAGGGUAAUAUUUUUCUGGCUUUUGAGUGCAAAGAAGCUACAGAUGCAUCUCAUUUUGCAUGGGGCAAAUCUUAUGAGGAGAUUGAUGAUGCUCAUAAGUUUAAGAUUGAAACAGAAGGAAAUCGAUCUAAGUUGUACUUCAAAAAUCCUGAUAAAUCAGACUUGGGGACUUACUCUAUCUCAGUGAGUGACACGGAUGGGAUUUCAUCCAGCUUCGUUAUGGAUGAAGAAGAGUUUGAACGUUUGAUGACAUUAAGCUACGAAAUAAAGAAUCCAACAAUACCUCUGAAAUCAGAACUAGCCUAUGAGGUUCUGGAGAAAGGAGAAGUUCGUUUCUGGAUUCAGGCUGAAAGUUUAUCUCCAGAUUCUACCUUUAGAUUUGUUAUCAAUGACAGAGAAGUUGAAAAUGGUGAUAGGCACAAAAUAAACUGUGAUCGCUCAAAUGGCAUCAUAGAAAUGGUGAUGGAAAAGUUUACCAUUGACAAUGAAGGUACCUACACGGUGCAGAUUCAGGAUGGAAAGGCCAAGAACCAGUCUUCACUGGUUCUCAUUGGAGAUGCAUUCAAGGCAGUGUUGGCUGAUGCUGAACUCCAGCGAAAGGAAUUUCUCAGAAAGCAAGGUCCUCACUUCUCAGAGUUCUUGUACUGGAAUGUUACAGAGGAAUGUGAAGUUUUACUUUCCUGUAAGGUUGCCAACACAAAGAAGGAGACUGACUUCAGGUGGUAUAAGGAUGGAUCUGGGGUUGACACUGAGGAAUUGCCUGAUGUGCAGAAGGGAGAAUGUCACCUCAGCCUUCCCAAGCUGUCACGCAAAGAUGAAGGAGUUUAUAAGGCAACACUCUCAGAUGAUAGAGGUCACGAUGUAUCUUCUCUGGAAUUAUCAGGAAAAGUUUAUGACGAUAUAAUUUUGGCACUGAGUGGAAUGAGUGGUAAGACAGCCUCUCCCCUGAAGAUCCUUUGCACUGAAGAAGGAAUAAGGCUCCAGUGCUUCUUAAAGUACUACAACGAAGAAAUGAAGGUCAACUGGUGCCACAGGGAAUCUAAGAUUUCUUCUGGUGAAAAGAUGAAGAUUGGAGGUGGAGAGGAUGUUGCCUGGCUGCAGAUAAGUGAACCCACUGAAAAGGAUAAGGGGAACUACACCUUUGAAAUCUUUGGGGACAAGCAAUCCUACAAACGGACACUUGAUCUGUCUGGACAAGCUUUUGAUGAUGCCUGUGCAGAAUUCCAGCGACUCAAGGCAGCUGCCUUUGCUGAGAAGAAUCGUGGGAAAGUCAUUGGUGGUUUGCCUGAUGUCGUUACCAUAAUGGAUGGGAAGACCCUGAAUCUAACCUGUACUGUGUUUGGGAAUCCUGACCCUGAAGUGGUUUGGUUCAAGAACGACAAGGCCUUCGAACUCAACGAGCACUAUGCAGUCACACUGGAGCAGGGGAAAUAUGCCAGUUUAUCAAUCAAAGGAGUGACCUCAGAAGACUCAGGCAAAUAUAGCAUCCACGUCAAGAACAAGUAUGGUGGGGAAACAGUGGAUGUCACUGUGAGUGUGUACAGACAUGGGGAAAAAAUGCCUGAAAUCAAGCCUGGCCAACUUGCUAAACCCAGGCCAAUACCACCAUCAGAAGAAGUCCUCCAACCUGAGGACGAGUGA